AUGUCUACCCAGCAGUCAGGUCAGAUCGCCCGUCCAGCAGCUACGCCUCUUUCAAGGAUAGAGAGCCAGUACAGAUCCGCCCUGGCGCAAAGAUGGCUUGCUCUCGUUGUUCGCUCGGCGGUCUUCUCGAGCGGGAUCAUCACUCUGAUCGUCUCUGCCAGAGCAGGAGCUUCAGUGAAGGCCGCGGUGCUCAGUCUGUUAGCAGCACUAGCUGCCUACCCGUUUGCCAUCUAUCCCAUCCUAUCCUCGAGGCGCGCCAUCCUCAUCUCUCGACAUACUGCUCCUCUCAACUCAUCCCUAAUCUCCCUCUUCAGUAGCUCCCUCUUCUCCUCACAGAGCAUACGGUACCUCUCCGCCCACCUUUCGUCCGGUGCGAUACUCGCAGCGGUGUACGCCAUUGUGCUGAACCUCGCCCAGCCCAUCAAUGAGCUAGGAUGUCUCGCUACCACACCUCGACACCCCUUACAUCUGAACGAGCGGUUCAUCUUUCUCCUCUUCGGAAACGCAGGGAUGAUGCUCUCGCUAGGCGUAUGGGAUCUGCUGGCUAGGCGACUUCAGGUCUCAUGGCCGACUAGAAACACACCUCUCGCCGCAGCUGUCCAGAACGGUCUCCUCGCUGCCAUCCCGGUACCUGGCGAGACCAACAGCCUCACCAUCUCGUCUGUAUGGCUGGGGCUGUACAGCCUUUCGUACUUUGCCGUGCGGAAGAGAGUAUGGAUCUUCCUCCUCACUCAUACCUUCGGAGUACUUCGUCCCUUCAUGAUCAACUUUACCAAGCCCUCGCGAUCUCUCGGCGUAUCUAUCAUCCCGCAUCUGCUGGUGUCGGAGGUUAUCACCAUCUUGGCGGCACGACUUCCGCCGAUCGGAGCCAUCACUCCCUAUCUCUCACUCCCCCUCAACUUUGAAGGACUGCGCCGAAAGUCACCGUUCACGCCCGAACAGCAGCUCAGUACAAUGCUGAAGUCCAAGAACCCCUAUUAUUUGCACUUCACGCUCAUGGAGCUCCUCCGCGUCUCGCACAACCCCUCUCGGCGCCAAGCACUCUUCGCCGUCACCUCCAAAACCCAACCGCCCAUUCUCGCCAUCUGGGAAGACCUCCUGCUGCACCUCGGCCGUGCGCACCAAACCCUCAUCUCCCGUGGCGGGGCACGUACCGCCUCAUCCGCACCUGCAUCUCGGCCCGCGCCUGUCCAAGACACCCAUACCGUCCAAGUCCGACAAGCUAACAUCUUCCGUCCUGCCCCGUCCGCCAAAACAUCGGGUAUCACCCGUUCCCUCCAGUCUGCCUUGGAAGGUCCUGUUCAAUCUGCCCCGCCGGCUCUGCUGGCCAAGGCGCAAACCCUGGCGCUGGAUGCGCGGGGCAAGGCGGAGGCCAAGGCGGUAGAGUGGCAAGGGGAGGUGAUGGGUCGGGUGGAGAAGAGUGAGGUGGGCGGAACGGUUCUAAAAGAGGCUCGAGGGGUGUGGGCGGGGAUUGGAGAGUGGGUAGGUGCGGAGUGGGUCGAGCGGAAUGCGAAGGGGAGUUUGCCGGAGGUGGUGGUGAUUGAGCGGAUCAUGGAUAUCUUCGCGUCAUUAGCAUGCGCAUCCCUCGAAGAAGACACCUAUGGCUACGUCCAACAAGUCCUCCCUGCCACAUUGGAGAUUAUCGUCCGGCAUCGCUCGGCGCUCAUGGCAUUCGAGUCGGAAUUGAUGAUGGGUGCGAGUCAUCUCGGGAGGGGGAAUGAGCGGGCACAGCGGGAUGUCAAGGCGAAGAUGGCGGUUCCGAUAUCAGCGUGCGAGAGCUGUAUCAGACGUAUAGCGGAUGCGUUUGGGGAAAGCCUGGUGGCGUUUAGGUUCCCGCCUGCUGUAGGUGGUGCGUUGGCGGGGAUAUGUCAGACGAGGACUGUGGCGCAGCCAAGUUGA